AUGUGCCUUCCGUUUAUGGCUAAAUCAAGUGCCCUUGUCGCAGUUUGCACUUGCUUGUUGUGCCCGCAACUGCUUCCUCUACGAACUCGCGCCUUCCACCACCCACAAGGUGCCAGUUCUCAGGCUAUUUCAUUAUUUACACCGCUGACUUCUCCCCAAAGCGUUGCUCUUCCCCUCCACUGUCCUCAAAUUCUUUCCUUCGUCACCUCCUUCCACACUACUUUUCGAAGCUCCUCGCACAACUCUUCUCCACCACCUUCAAACUUUACACCUGCCAGUUGCAACAGCUUCCCCAUACACUUCAUCAACUCGCUUCCCCUUGUCGUGGCUAUCAUCUCUAGCGUUGUCAUUGCCUUUUCCACCAACUUGGUCAGUACUGCUCCCAUGAGCGGUCUCAUCGAGGGUUCUACUGACGCUGACCUGGCGGUAACGCAAUCUUUCCACUCUUGGGGUAUGGCAAGCAGGAGUGUAUCAUGUACCGAAACUGGGCACCUCUGUACGGCUUACUCCCUCUUUCAAGCUUGUCCACUCCCCCAUUUACGAGGAAAAACUUGGCUAGCCGGCUGUUUUCAGGACCACAGUGAAGGGCAGUAUCAAAUCCGGGCGGUCAUGCUAGCUCUAUUUCAGAGAGAUUGCGAUCCGCCGAAUGUCUACUUCGAUCUUACAGGUCCGGGCAGCACGAACCUUGCCUUCCCUGACGGCGCAUUCCCGAAAUCCUGUGCUUGGGACUCUUCUAGCAUUGUGAGUUCGGAUGAGACUAGAAUCAGGUUGGAUAUGUGUAUUCCAUGUCCUCCCUUUAUUUUCUUUGGGGAGUUUCGGAAGGUUCUAGACUCUUGGCUCAGACAGGGAAAGCACUCACUGCAUCUUCCAUAUAUGGAAGCAUCGUCAUUUGAUAAUUUUGCCUUACUCCCUGCCAAGGCCCACCGUCCGGCUGCCUUCACCUUCUCCUCAGGCUCCCCUUCACCGCAACUCCAGCUUACAACCGCUCCCACCAGCUCCUCAACCCAUCCAGUAAACCCUUCUUCCAGCCCUUCCAAACGACGCACAAACAUGCGCUUCACAACCUUCGCCCUCGCUCUCGGCGCCGCCGUCUCUAGGGCUGUCGGUGCUCCCACCGAGGUCACUAUCCCAACGGUUGGCAUGGCCUGGAACGCUCAUGGUGGCAAGACCACUCUCUAUGGUAUCGACCAGUGCGUUGCCGUCAACUUCGGAGAGUUCGCCAACAUCCAGAUCACCAAGGCAGUGUCCUGCGUGUUCUUCACCGGCGAAAAAUGUGACGGCAACAGCGUCACCAUAGACGGCCCUGCCAAACAUGUCCUUCAAUUCUCUGACUCCGAUGGCGACGGCGUCAUGACGUACGCUUUGUGUUUCCUAGAUUGGUUAAGUCAGGUCUCUCGUUUGCUUUCCAUGAACGACAGAUGGGAUAGUGCUCAAUGUGCAGAGAAUGAUAUGAUGGGUGCACCAGUCUCAAUGGCGGGAUAUAGCUCUUCUAAACCGGCGGUGAAGUUCAUCGUGAGCUUUCAACUCAUUGCUCAUUUUCUAAACAAAAACCUGAAUGAAUUAUUGGCCUCCCUCUAG